AUGACGAUGAAUAAUACAGUUAGCUCAACGAACAUCCAAGUGAAAGAACGUACAGAAUCGUAUCUAGACAGGAGUAUCUACCUUCAAGUGAUUGUUCUCGACAAACAAAUGAUCUGUUAUUGUGGGGAUGAUGGGCGGCUGGGAAGUUUAUCAACUGCAGUCAAGACACGUUAUAGCAAUACAGCUGCUGCAACGACCUUAUUGUCUGGUGGAGUGGAUGAUACGAGUGAAAGUCUAGCCAAGAGGCUCGCUUCGAAAUACGACUGGCAAUUCUUUGUAUCAAUGAACCUGCCAACAAACGAUACGAAUUUGACUGUAUUCGCUGAGAGGAAACUAGGCGCAUUCGUCAAGGAAAUUGCUCAAUCAUCUUCUUGA